GGGUCGCCGGAGGUGAAGUGCGGCGAGGAUGGCGGCGCGGGGCCGGGGGCUGCCGCCGCUGCUGUUCGCGCUCUCGGGGCUGCUGGCGCUGGGGCCCACCGCCGCGGCGGCCAAGCUUAACAUUCCCAAAGUGCUGCUGCCUUUCACGCGGGCCACGCGCGUGAACUUCACGCUGGAGGCCUCGGAGGGCUGCUACCGCUGGUCAUCGACCCGGCCGGAGGUGGCCAGUAUAGAGCCGCUGGGCCCGAGCGAGCAGCAGUGCUCCCGGCAGGCAGUGGUGCAGGCCCGCCUGUCCCAGCCCGCCCGCCUGACCAGCAUCAUCUUUGCAGAGGACAUCACCACGGGCCAGGUCCUGCGCUGCGAUGCCAUCGUCGACCUCAUCCAUGGCAUUCAGAUUGUCUCCACUACCCGUGAACUCUACCUGGAGGACUCACCCCUGGAACUGAAGAUCCAGGCCCUGGACUCUGAAGGAAACACGUUCAGCACCCUGGCUGGGCUGGUCUUUGACUGGACGAUCGUGAAGGACACAGAGGCCAACGGGUUCUCAGACUCCCACAACGCACUCCGAAUCCUCACGUUCUUGGAGUCUACAUACAUACCUCCUUCCUACAUCUCAGAGAUGGAGAAGGUGGCCAAGCAGGGGGACACCAUCUUGGUGUCUGGAAUGAAGACGGGGAGCUCCAAACUCAAGGCACGCAUCCAAGAGGCUGUGUACAAGAAUGUACGCCCUGCAGAGGUCAGGCUGCUGAUUUUGGAGAACAUCCUUCUGAACCCUGCUUAUGACAUCUACCUGAUGGUGGGGACCUCCAUUCGCUACAAGGUGCAGAAGAUCAGGCAAGGAAAGAUUACAGAACUUUCAAUGCCUUCCGAUCAGUAUGAACUGCAGCUUCAAAACAACACCCCAGGCCCUGAGGGAGACCCAGGCCAGCCUGUGGCCGUCUUGGCCCAGGACACGUCCACGGUCACUGCGGUGCAGCUGGGACAGAGCAACCUGGUCCUCGGCCACAGGAGUAUCCGCAUGCAGGGUGCUUCCAGGUUACCCAACAGCACUGUGUACGUGGUUGAGCCUGGAUACCUGGGGUUCACAGUCCACCCUGGUGGCAGGUGGGUGCUUGAGACUGGCCGCCUGUAUGAAAUCACCAUUGAAGUGCUUGACAAGUCCGGCAACAAGGUCUUCCUGUCGGAUAACAUCCGCAUUGAAACCAUGCUUCCUCCUGAGUUCUUUGAGGUGCUGGCUUCUUCCCAGAAUGGGUCGUACCAUCACAUCAGGGCAACAAAGAGGGGCCAGACGGCCAUCGAGGCAGCUCUCACUUCCGUGGUGGACCAGGAUGGAGGGGUCCACACAUUACGGGUGCCUGUGUGGAACCAGCAGGAGGUGGAAAUUCACAUCCCCAUCACCCUCUAUCCCAGCAUCCUGACGUUUCCGUGGCAACCAAAGACAGGCGCCUAUCAGUACACAAUAAAGGCCCAUGGCGGGAGUGGGAACUUCAGCUGGUCUUCAUCAAGCCAAGUGGUUGCCAUGGUCACAGUCAAGGGUGUGAUGACCACGGGCAGUGACACUGGACUCAGCGUGAUCCAGGCACAUGAUGUGCAGAACCCACUACAUUUUGGUGAGAUGAAGGUAUACGUGACCGAGCCCAGCGGCAUGGAGUUCACCCCGUGCCAGGUGGAGGCACGUGUGGGCCAGACCCUGGAGCUGCCCUUGAGGAUCAAUGGCCUCAUGCCUGGUAGGGCCGGUGAGGUGGUCACCCUGAGCGACUGCUCCCAUUUCGAUUUGGUGGUUGAAGUGGAGAACCAGGGCGUGUUCCAGCCCCUCCCAGGUAAGCUGCACUGGUGUACAGGCACUGCCUGGCCUGUCAACAUGGGCUGCCCCACAUUCCUACACGGAGGGCGUGAGGUAGGGGCAGGUGGUAGUCACAGUAUAAGGAGUGGCAUCAGCAAUGGUCUAGUCUGCGUCUUGCCCACCAUCUGUACCUGCGACAUCUGUUGCAUCAUGAAUAUGAAACGUUUUACUCCUUGGGCUGUGGACCCCUCCUCUGUCGCCUUGGUGACCCUUGGCUCCUCAAAGGAGAUGCUGUUUGAAGGAGGUCCCAGACCCUGGGUCCUCGAACCUUCCAAGUUCUUCCGGAAUGUCACCUCCGAGGACAUGGACAGCAUUAGCCUGGCUCUCUUUGGGCCCUCAACCUCCCGGAAUUACCAGCAACAUUGGAUCCUCGUGACCUGCCGGGCCUUGGGCGAGCAGGUCAUCGCCCUCUCUGUGGGGAACAAGCCCAGUGUCACCAACCCCUUCCCUGCGCUGGAGCCCGCUGUGGUGAAGUUCGUCUGUGCCCCGCCCUCCAGGCUCACCCUGACGCCCGUCUAUGCCAGCCCCCAGCUGGACCUGUCAUGCCCGCUCCUGCAGCAGAACAAGCAGGUGGUUCCAGUCUCCAGCCACCGCAGUCCCCGACUGGACCUGGCUGCCUAUGACCAGCAGGGCCGCAGGUUUGACAACUUCAGCUCCCUGAGCAUCCAGUGGGAGUCCACCAGGCCACUUCUGGCCAGCAUAGAGCUUGACCUGCCCAUGCAGCUGGUGGCCCGGGAUGAUGGAAGUGGCCAGAAGAAGUUGCAUGGUUUUCAGGCCGUUUCAGUUCACCAGGCAUCGGGAACCACAGCCGUCUCCGCCACGGCGACAGGCCACCAGCAGUCCCACCUGAGCGCAGCCAGAGUGAAGCAGCCGCAUGAGCCUCUAGUGCCUGUGUCAGCCUCCAUUGAACUCAUCCUGGUGGAGGAUGUGAGAGUGAGUCCAGAAGAGGUGACCAUCUACAACCACCCCGGCGUGCAGGCAGAGCUGCAUAUCCGAGAAGGCUCCGGCUACUUCUUCCUCAACACCAGCACUGUGGACAUUGUCCAGGUGGCCUAUCAGGAGGCCAGGGGCGUCGCCACUGUGCAGCCCCUGCUCCCAGGCUCGUCGACCAUCAUGAUCCAUGACUUGUGCCUAGCCUUCCCUGCCCCGGCAAAGGCUGAUGUCUACGUAUCGGACAUUCAGGAGCUGUACGUCCGCGUGGUUGAUAAGGUGGAGAUUGGGAAGACCGUCAAGGCAUAUGUCCGGGUGCUGGACUUUCACAAGAAGCCUUUCCUGGCCAAAUACUUUGCCUUCAUGGACCUGAAGCUCCGAGCAGCCUCCCAGAUCGUCACGUUGGUGGCCCUGGAUGAAGUCCUUGACAGCUACACUGCCACAUUCCGCAUCCACGGCGUGGCCAUCGGCCAGACCAGUCUCACAGCAACUGUGACCGACAAAGCCGGACAGAGAAUCAACUCAGCCCCACAACAGAUUGAGGUCUUUCCCCCAUUUAGGUUGAUACCCAGGAAGGUGACGCUGAUUAUCGGGGCCAUGAUGCAGAUCACCUCCGAGGGCGGCCCCCAGCCCCAGUCCAAUAUCCUCUUCUCCAUCAGCAACGACAGCGUUGCGGUGGUGCAGAGCACUGGGCUGGUGCGUGGGCUGGCUGUUGGCAAUGGCACCGUGUCAGGGGUCGUGCAGGCCGUGGACGCUGAGACUGGCAAGCUUGUCAUCGUGUCUCAGGAUCUCGUGGAGGUGGAGGUGCUGCUUCUCCAGGCAGUGAGGAUCCGUGCCCCCAUCACUCGGAUGAGGACAGGGACCCAGAUGCCCGUUUACAUCACUGGGAUCACCAACACCCAGAACCCUUUCUCUUUCGGCAAUGCUGUGCCCGGCCUGACCUUCCACUGGUCAGUCACCAAGCGAGACAUCCUGGAUAUCCGGGGGCGACACCAUGAGGCUUUGCUCCAGCUCCCGUCACAGUACAACUUUGCCAUGAACGUGCAUGGCCGGAUGAAAGGCCGUACUGGGCUGAGGGUGGUGGUCAAGGCUGUGGACCCCACGGUUGGGCAGCUGCAUGGCCUCACCAAAGAACUUUCCGAUGAGAUCCAAAUCCAGGUAUUUGAAAAGCUGCUGCUGCUGAACCCUGAAAUAGAAGCAGACCAAAUAUUAAUGUCACCCAACUCAUUUAUAAAGCUUCAGACAAACAGGGAUGGUGCAGCAUCUCUGAGCUACCACAUCCUGGAUGGGCCUGAGAAGGUUCCCGUUGUGCAUGUUGACGGGAAGGGCUUCCUGGUGUCAGGGUCUCGGAUUGGGAUGUCUGCUAUCGAAGUGACUGCCCAGGAGCCUUUUGGGGCCAACCAAACCAUGAUCAUUGCUGUAAAGGUGUCUCCUGUCUCUUACCUGAGGCUCUCCAUGAGCCCCGCCCUGCACACCCAGGACAAGGAGGCUCUGGCGGCCCUGCCCUUGGGAAUGACCGUGACCUUCACUGUCCACUUCCACGACAACUCUGGAGAUGUCUUCCACGCUCACAACUCGAUCCUCAACUUUGCAGCUAACAGAGAUGAGUUUGUGCAGAUCGGGAAAGGCUCCACCAACGACACCUGCGUUGUCCGCACCAUCAGCAUGGGCCUGACGCUGCUCAGUGUGUGGGACGCACAGCACACAGGCCUCUCUGACUUCGUGCCGUUGCCUGUCCGACAGGCCAUCUCCCCGGAGCUCUCUGGAGUGGUCGUGGGGGACGUCCUCUGUCUGGCCACUGCCCUGGUCAGCCUGGAAGGCCUCUCUGGAACGUGGAGCUCUUCAGCCAACAGCAUCCUCCACGUUGACCCCAAGACAGGCGUGGCGGUGGCCCGGGAUGCAGGAUCCGUGACAGUUUACUACGAGGUCGCUGGACACCUGAGGACCUACAAGGAGAUGGUGAUUGGAACCCCUCAGAGGAUCAUGGCCCGGUACGCCCACCCUGUACCGACCACCUUCCGGGAGGCCACGGCCUCCAGAGUGAUUGUCACCGUGGGAGACAGAAGCUCUAACCUGAGAGGUGAGUGCUCCCCCGCCCAGAAGGAAAUCAUUGAGACCCUGCGCCCAGAAUCCCUCAUCAGCUGCCAGCUCCAGUUCAAGCAGGAUGUCUUUGAUUUCCCUGCCAGUGAUGUUUUCACCGCAGAGCCAGGGUUUGACGCUGCUCUGGGCCAGUACCUCUGCUGGGUCACAAUGCACAGGCUGACGGACAGGCAGCUAAAACACCUCAGCAUGAAGAAGACACCUCUGCUGGUCACUGCCUCCAGCCAGGGCAGCCCCUUCUCCGGAGAGCAGGUCAGGGCCGAGGUGCCCUUCAGCCCAGGGCUUUAUGCCGAUCAGGCUGAAAUCCUUCUGAGCAACCACUACACCAGCUCCGAGGUCAAGGUCUUUGGUGCCAUGGAGAUUCUAGAGAACCUGGAGGUGAAAUCGGGGUCCCCAGCCGUACUGGCCUUCGCAAAGGAGAAGUCGUUGGGGCUUCCCAGCUUCGUGACCUACACAGUCGGUGUCUCGGACCCCACGGCCGGCAGCCAGGGACCUCUUUCCACUGCCCUGACCUUCUCCAGCCCCGUGACUAACCAAGCCAUCACCAUCCCUGUCACUGUGGCCUUUGUGAUGGAUCGCCGAGGGCCUGGACCUCAUGGAGCCAGCGUCUUCCAGCACUUCCUGGAUUCCUACCAAGUCAUGUUCUUCACCCUUUUUGCCCUGCUGGCUGGGACUGCUGUCAUGAUCAUAGCCUACCACACGGUUUGCGUGCCCCGGGACCUCACCACGCCUCCAGCCCUCUCCCCUCGAGCCAGUCCUCUGCACAGCCCCCACUAUUUUGCUGCCUCCUCACCAAUGCCUUUCAGUGCGCUGCCUCCUGCUCGCCGAGCCAGUCCUCCCGCGGGGCUGUGGAGCCCACCGUACAGCUCCCGCUAGUCAGCAUGGGCUGGGGGCUGCCCCACACGGAGGCCCUGACACCUGUGGGCAGCACGGUCGGGACAGCCCGACCCAGAGCAGGCCCCCAGCCCCACACCUCUGGCCUCCUCACUGCCUCCUCUGUUCCGCAGACCUAGAGUUCAGGCUGUGCUCACUAGCUUAGCCUUACAUGUAGGAGUUUAAGGCUUUUUGGCUCAUUCUUCAUGCCUGGUUGGCUGGGGUUCCUGGACAAUGGUGACGCUUUAUUUUCUAGUCUCUAAGGUCACUCCCUCCUCAAGACCUUGAGCAGGCAAAGCUCUGUUUAGAAGUUGUCUGUCAGUGAUAUAGUGCAGGGUCUCAGGGAAAGACUGUAAUUUUUUAUUUUUGUGGGCUUUGUCCCCUGUGAAGACUUGAUUUUUCCCCUUGUCUGGCUCCUGCUAGGAAAUGAGGGGAGUGAACAGGCGUCGGGUGCCUGCCCUGUUGCUGCACAGGGAACCUCAGGAAUGCAGUGACAGGGACCCCGUGCUGGCACAGCCGCACAGGGAGAUGCCGAGAUGCUCAUGAGCAGACCUAGGCUGCUUUGCGCCCCUCUUGGGGCCACUGUUGAACAGACUGCUGACCUCCGUGCCUAUUUGUUCCCUAAGCUGAGCAAACAUCUGAACUUGGCCUGGGCCCCACUGGGACAUCCCGUGGGGUCCAGCUCGUUCUCCCUGUCCUGGCUUCUCUUUCAGCAUGGGGACAUGAGAAUUGUAGUUAGGAAAAUGUCCUUGAGCCAGAGACUGGGAUCUUCCUUUCUGUCCCUUUGGAGAACCUGCUGUGUUCUGCUGAAGCACAAAGAUCCAGUGUUACUUGUUCCUCCUUUUGUAUGAAAGCCGCACACCUCAGCACACCUGAGCCCUUGCCCGCCCUGUGCAGAGUUGGCCUCCCCAGCGGGCAGCUCCCAGCAGAGGCAGGCAGAGCCCAGCCCGGCCAGUGAGGAGGGCAGGCCAAGGCCUCCAGGGCCUGCCCUCCAGGAAGGGGCUGCAAAGGAGAGGACGGCUCCAGUGACACCCUCCUUGCCAGCAGCUGGGUCAGUCAGCAUCUGAGACCUCCAGAGCGCACCCCUUUGCCCCUGGCCAGCCAAGGAGCCGUGCCACUCUCAGGAAGACUUGGAGACACACCCAGAGCCAGUUGCACAUGGACGUGGUGUGCAGGAGUCCAGUUUGACUGAGCUGCGAGUGCGCAUCCACUUCAGUCCUUAGGGGCUGGGCCAUGAGAUUAUUUUUUUAAAGCUGGAGACAGGAAGAAUCGUGCCUUGCGUAUUACUUGAGCUCACACUGACAACUUGGAUGUAAAUAGGCGCGUUUCUACUUGGUUUAUUUAAUAAAGCUCUAUAUAAUUUCUUAA